UGUUAUUAUUUCCAUACCAAGCGAAAAACAUUUGAUAAAUGCUAGUUUAACCUCUCGUCGAUAGUAAGCGCUGCGAUCGACUUUUAACCUCCUCUCUCAUAGUCCGUCGGUAACGUCGAGUGAGGGAGCUCGGAAGGGUUCGAGUUAAGGUUAUGGACUUUUAUUAUUUCGUCAAUUUAAUAGUUACGUUUGUUUCUAAUAAUAAAUAUUUGUCAUGAUCAGUUUCCUAUUAAAAUAGACAAGUGCCAGGAAUCUGUUAUAUCUUUAUUUCGUUCUAAUGUAAUAAUUAAUUUUCCGUGUAAUCGAAUUUAAAAGUAUAGGCAAAGUUGCUAUUUAUAUUUGAAGAAAAAAAUUCGUUCCUUGGAAAACGUUAUUUUCUUUACCCGUUAACCGUAAAAUUAACCAAAAUCAUCCGUUGAAAGUAUCAUUGUACCCUGAUAAAAUAUGAUACCGAUAAGAGGACUACCUUGUCUCUUAUUUAGGCGAUAUCCAAUAACAACGGUAUCUAGUAAUUCUUAUUUUUGUUGUUAUAACAUUACAUUUAAUGUUAACGUUAAACAAUGUCACCGAUAUUCUACGCAAAGGGAUAUAACUAAGAUAGAUCCUAAAGAAGCUAAAAACAAAGUAAGCACGGAUUUUGUGGAAGUAGUUAAGCAAAACACGAUAUCUGCCGGAUACUUAAUAAUUAUAGCAGUGGGCAUUACCCUUUCGAUCUAUAUCAUUUAUUCCAUAGUACACGAAUUGUUUUCUAGUAACAGCCCGUACGGAGUUUAUAAUAGAGCUUUGGAUCGUUGUCAAAAAGACACAAAAGUUCUAGAUGCUCUUGGAGAACCCAUAAAAGUUUAUGGCGAAGGAAGAAGAAGAAGAAAUCAUUUUAGUCAUGGUUUCUACGAAAAAGAUGGCAUGAAAUAUUUGACGUUGAAAUUCUAUAUGGAAGGGAAAAGACGUAGAGGCAUUGUAUACGUGGAAGCAAAAAACGUAUCUGGUAAUUACGAACUUACACAUAUAUAUAUGAAGCUGGAUGAUAUUCUCGGAAGUGUUCUUACAAUAGAACAUAAUGAAAAGUAGAAAUCAACAGUCGCAACGAAUAAACGUGCUUAAUCGUUUGCACAACGAAUAAACGACGUUAAUUAAUUGUUUACAUAUCUUGUAAAUCUGUCAAAGAAAAUGAAUUGUACAUGUAGGAGAUAUUUUUUAUCUGUAGAAUAAUACUUAUAUCGUGUA